AGCAGCUGUCGGUCGGUGUUGCUUCCCAAGAAUGCAAAGCCGUUCUCUGGACCAAGUUCGAGCACAACGAAUUCACUGUCGCUGGAAAAGGUAUCGCCUGUUGUUUCACCAGAACCAGUUGAAUUGACGUUGGACACGACAGAGUUGUCAUCCGUUGUCUCUAGAGGAUAAAACUCGUCUUUGGAAGUCUUGGCCUCGAGCGAGUAGGUGUGGCGCUUGACCACUGGCUUCGUAUCUGUCUUUUCCUGACCGAUGAGUUGUUCGGCAUUGCCAUUGAUUUCACUGUCACUGACAUCCAAGUAUUGGCUCUCGGGUGCAGGUGUUGCAGUAGGGGUAGGAAGGAGGUCUGCUGUGCCUGAAAUGCCAGUAGGAUCAACCUUAGUUGUGGGCUUAUCGGUAUGCUUGGGAUGCUUAGGCUUGGGGGAAGCACUCACGAGGAGUGCCAAGCUGAGCAUUGCAUUGAGACCAAGAAUCGUCUUCAUGAUUGCAGAAGAGUUGUUGAACAAGUGGAGAGAGAGAGAAGAGAUGGAGAUCAGAGCUUUUAUACCUGAGGAGAGAUGCCUGUCGAUUAGGCCACGCUGUCGAAAGACCACGUUGUUUGUCAUUCGUCCAAUAAACAAGGGGUCAGGCAGCAUAGCCUGGCAUGCUCAUUUCCCGGCUGCAGACAGUGAUGGCCUGACUUAGAUUGCCUACUGGAAAGCACAGACAUAAAUGAGCAGGCGCUCUAGGAUGCACAGACAAAAGUGCAGGUAUGCCGCGAGUUAUGUAUAGGCGACCGCA